CUUUAUAGAUUUAUUGCCAAGUCACAACAAUUCCAGCAAUCUAGAUUAUAGUGAAUUCAACAUAUAUGGCUGAAGCUUUCCUUCAAAUUCUGUUAGACAAUUUGACUUCUUUCAUACAAGGGGAACUUGGAUUGUUUUUUGGUUUUAAGGAUGAGUUUGAAAAUAUUAAAAGCACGUUUACUACUAUCCAAGCUGUGCUUGAAGAUGCUCAGGAGAAGCAACUCAAGGACAAGCAGCUAGAAAAUUGGCUACAGAAACUCAAUGUUGCUGCAUAUGAAGUUGAUGACAUCUUGGAUGAAUGUAAAACUAAGGCAGCAAGACUCAACCAGACUAAAUAUGGAUGUUAUCAUCCAGAGGUUAUCACUUUCCGUCACAAGGUCGGGAAAAGGAUGAAAGAGAUGAUGGAGAAACUAGAUGCAAUUGCUGCAGAAUGAAGUAAGUUUCAUUUGGAGAAAAGGACUAUAUAGAGAGAAGCUUCUAGACGAGAAACAGGUGCUCAUCUUACAUAUAUUUUAGAUGAAAAUAUAUUUAAGUAGUGUAUAUUCAUUUUUUUUGGCAAUUAUCAAAUUCAAGUGUGUUUUUGGGCCGAGGGAAAGUUCCAAAGACUUUUUUUCUAAUCUAAUGUUUGUCUAAAGUCUAAACAGAGGUGGAUCCAGAUUCAGAUUUGUAAUUCUACCAUUUCCAUGGUGUAAGCCAAAAGUUAAUUUCUCUCUGGAUGGCACACAGUUUUCUUUCAUCAAAAGGAAACUUGGUGUUAGAGGAUGUGGGUAAUGAAGUAUGGAACGAAUUAUUCUUGAGGUCUUUCUUCCAAGAGAUUAAAGUUAAAUCUGAUAAUGCUUAUUUCAAGAUGCAUGAUCUCAUCCAUGAUUUGGCAACUUCUCUGUUUUCAGCAAGUGCAUCAAGCAGCAAUAUCCGCGAAAUAAAUGCAAAAAGUUACACACAUAAGAUGUCCAUUGGUUUUGCUGAAGUACUGGUGUCUUCUUACUCUCCUUCUCUCUUGAAAAGGUGUGUCUCGUUAAGGG